UCCUCUGACACUGCCUGGUCUAGAGCUCUUGGAUGUACUACACUUGUGGUUGGAUGCCAAGCAGUUGCCAUACCAAGCGGGGAUGCAGACAGUUAAAAUGCUCUCAAUGGUGCUGUAGGACAUUCUGAGAGGGGAAGCGGCUUUGUCAUGCUUUUUGGUGAACCCCUAACUAUACAGUUAGCAUUUCGCCCAUUAUUUUACCUGGUUUUCUGGGUUAUUCAAUGAUAUCGUUAUUGUACCACAUGGUGGCGCCAGAAUGAAUCAAGGCUACAUUAUGCUUCUAUGCCAAGAAAGGCCAAUGCCAUGCAAGGCUAGUGUUUUAACUAUGCUCCGAUAAAUGGGGGCGAAUAUCUAAUUUUCCUUUUUGUGAAUAUUCAGGGAGGGAUAAAUUAAAAACGACUUGUCAUAUGGUCCACGACCUACAGCUUUCACCCACUGGCCACACGGUGUCUGCCCAGCUGGAUUGGCUCUUCACAGGAUGCUCGCCACCUAUCACGAUGCUUCGUUCACUUUCUUCACGUCGCGAGAUAUUUUACCAGCAACAUCAACACUAUUUCAUCCAGAGUCAGGUGGCUAUAGCAUACGGAACGCCCUUAGUUCAUAAUUGCACCCAGAAAAGUGCUCUGCUCUCCUGAGGAGCAGCGACAUACAAGCUCUGGGGCCAGUCGUUGUCAUGUUUCCAUGCGUUUCCUCCCGGCCCUCUGCUGAGCCCCCGUCGCCCUGCGGUCAUGUCUCCCUGCCCACACACACUCACACACAGCCCCUGCCUGACCUACUGUGCAGCUGCCCUGCCCCGCAGAUGAACCCUCACCCCGUUCCAGACUACAUGGAGUCCCUUAUCGUGGUGACCGAGUACGAGCCCAAGGGAGGUGAUGAGGUGGAGGACAUGGAGUGCUCUGAGACGCCCUUCAGAACCCACUCCUGCGACCUGCUGUCCCACUCUGUGGGCCACACCGAGGCCCUGUCCCCUGAGCCCCAGGGUCACAGGGGAAGACUAAACCUGUCAGACCGGAAGCUGUCCCUGCAGGAGCGCUCCCAGACGGCCUCGUCCCCCAACGGGCGCUACAUCUACCCCUCGCUGCCCUACUCGCCCAUCACCUCGCCCCAAUCCUCCCCGCGGCUCCCCCGUAGACCCACCGUGGAGUCUCACCGCGUCUCCGUCACUGACCUGCAGGACUGCGUGCAGCUCAACCAGUACAAGUUGAAAGAUGAAAUCGGAAAGGGCUCUUAUGGUGUUGUCAAGCUGGCCUACAAUGAAGACAACAACACUUAUUACGCGAUGAAAGUACUGUCCAAGAAGAGGCUGAUGAGGCAGGCAGGUUUCCCACGGAGACCACCCCCCCGCGGAGCCAAAGCAGCCCCCGAAGGCCCCCCUCAGCCAAAAGGACCGCUAGAACGGGUCUACCAGGAGAUUGCCAUCCUAAAAAAGCUGGACCAUCCCAAUGUAGUGAAGCUCGUGGAGGUUCUUGACGACCCUGGUGAGGACCAUCUGUACAUGGUGUUCGAGCUGGUCAAAAAGGGGGCUGUGAUGGAGGAGUUGCCCACGGACAAGCCGCUAAAUGAGGACCAAGCUCGCUUCUACUUCCAAGACCUAGUCAGGGGGAUUGAGUUCUUGCAUUACCAGAGGAUCAUCCACCGAGACAUCAAGCCCUCUAACCUCCUGGUUGGGGAGGACGGUCACAUUAAGAUCGCUGACUUCGGGGUCAGUAACCAGUUUGAAGGGGCCGACGCCCUCCUGACCAGCACGGUGGGCACGCCCGCCUUCCUCGCCCCCGAGACCCUCUCCGAGACCAGGAAGAACUUCUCUGGCAAGGCAUUGGACGUUUGGGCCAUGGGAGUGACGCUGUACUGUUUCGUGUUCGGAGUGUGUCCCUUUAUGGAUGAGCGCAUCAUCAGUCUUCAUCACAAGAUCAAGACUCAGCCAGUGGAGCUGCCAGAGCAUUCAGACUUAUCUGACGAUCUGAAAGAUCUGCUACUGAAGAUGCUUGACAAGAAUCCAGAGACCAGGAUAUCAGUACCGCAGAUUAAGGUGCACCCGUGGGUGACGCGGCGAGGAGCGGAGCCGCUCCCUCUGGAGGACGAUAACUGCUGCAUGCUGAUCGAGGUGACCGAAGAGGAGGUGGAGAACUCUGUCAAACACAUCCCCAGUCUGGCCACUGUGAUCCUGGUGAGGACCAUGCUGAGGAAGCGCUCCUUUGGGAACCCCUUUGACUGGGGCCGCCAGAGAACCGAAGACCGAGGCACCGGUCUGUCUGCACCAGGACACGUGCUCACGAAACAAGAGAGCGGGGAGGGCAUGAGAAGUAUGGACCUGCCCUUGGUGGGCGAAGAUGAGACUCUUUCCUGAUGCGGUGUGGUUUCUCAGCGCGAGGGUGAAGGCAUGCUAGCGAAUUAUGUUGGUUGAAGCCACUAAUGUUUUUUGUGGAGGUGGACAGGACUGUUAUAGGGAUGAUGAGCACCCUGAUGAGCACCUUGAUGAGCACCCUGAUGAGCACCCUGAUGAGCACCCUGAUGAGCACCUUGAUGAGCACCCUGAUGAGACGGGACCCUUUUGGUGAAAGCUCCCUCCUGACUGUCACUCACUAACACCCAUCUGUAAUGCAUGCUCAUGUUUCUAGUCACAGGCUUCUGAUAUAAAGGUCUGUGUUUUAGCUACAUGUGUUUCUCCAGGCCUCCUCCAUUUGAAAAGGCUCUCACGUUUACUGCAGGGGUAUGGGGGACGGGAAGGGGUGUUUGUGGACGGUUGUACAUUUUCAAGGGGCGACCCCUGUCCCCCACGUAGCCCUGUCCCCCACGUAUUAGUAGAGCAAGUUAGUUGACUAUGAUUGUCUGGACCACUCACCAUCAAUGUGGACAAUUUUGUAACGAUAAACAGGAGAGGUUUAUUGAAACGAAAAAUAGAGAGAGAGAAUUUUUUUUUUUUACUUAAUUCAUGGUAUGCAUGUGAGGUUGUUUAUUUCCCAGUGCAGCCAUUGUUUACGCUACAUAAGCUGCACAAUCAUAGAAUUAGUUAUCGAUGCACAAACUAUUUAUUUUAUUGAUUCAGUCCUCACUGAAGGUUUGUUGUAAACUGUCUCCCAGUUACUACAACUGGUGAAGAGGUUUUUAAAAAAAGCUGCGUUUUCUAAUGCAUAUACUGGUUAAACGUGUGGUGGGCCAAGAGUCCAAGGGGGCCAAGAGUCCAAGGGGGCCAAGAGGCCAAGGGGGCCAAGAGUCCAAGGGGGCCAAGCGGGCCAAGGGGGAUGGGACAAUGUUGAAGCUCAAGUCAAAACUAAUGUGUUUGUGGCAUGUUUGUUUCUGUAAGCUUUUUAUAAUAGAUUGACGGGUGUGGUUUUUAAACCUCUCGUUUUCGGGACACCAAAAAUAAAUUAAAUAGUGUAUUUUGUAAACUAAUAGCAAACACCUUUUAAAACAAGUGACUAUUUCUAAUUGCACUGUCAUUGUGAAAUGAUAGGAAUUAUAUUGUCUCUUACAAAUGAAUUUCACUCCCAGGCAUAUAGUGUGGCUGCAGACCUCUUGUACAAAUCUAUGCAUGACAUAUCUGUUACGGAAGUGUUGGAGUUGGUUUGAAUUAGAUAAAGUUGUCAUCAGAUAAGGUAAGAUACAAACGUGCUAGUAGAAGUCCGACAUUGCCACUGGAGUGCAACUCUUUUUCCAUGGCGGUCGAAGGAUCUUCCUUAGUUGUCUUGUGGCAUGUUUAUUUUUUCUGUUUUCCUCUUGCCUUCUUUUUUUGUUGUUGCACGUAGUUAGACGGUGUUUGUGGUGUUUGUGGAUAGCUACAGUCACUGGACAUGCCCGUGGUUCCAUAGUAUAUCUUUGAAACAACAUUAAUUCAACAAUUAAUGCUUCCAACAUACAGAUAUUUUUCAGCACCAGCGUGUUGAAUGUAUGACGAAGGGUUUUUUUGGA